UUGUGGAUUGAGCUCAAAAUUCUUGUCCAAACUCUCCUGCAUCAGCUGGAACAUACAGUACAGUACUGCUUUGUUCUGCUCAUAGUCAUGCACCGUUCCAGCCAAAAAACAAAAGAGUAAAUCUAGAAUAAUUAAUGCUAUUUUUGCGGAACACUGACAGGGACUAUUUUACUGCAUACUGCAUAUUUGACUUAUUCUUUAAAUAUUUUUGUAAGACCAUAUAGUCACGUGGGUUCUUUAAACCAAUCAGAGCGCGGCUGAUCGUCUGUCACGCGCAUGUGCACAGAACCACUGGGGUCAGUUUAGCUGCAAAUUGUGCCGUGUAGAGCUGAAUGUGUGGAAAACCAAGGUGGGAAAAUGUGUGAGAUGCAAAAGCUGAGGGUUUCGGUGGAGCAGAUACUGACUGCGGCUGCUGAGGAGAUAUUUGGAGUAUUUCAAAGAAGCAUCGCCGAGAUUGAGGAGAAACUCAGUGAUUCCCAAAAGCACAAGAAAAGAAACCAGAGACUACCGGACACUGUGCACCAAACAGACAUUCGGAUUUCCCCAGAGCAGCAGGGACGUGUGGACCAGGAGGACCCAGAGCCCCCCCAUAUUAAAGAGGAACAGGAGGAAGAGUGGAUCAGUCAGGAGGGAGAGCAGACAAUGAAGCUUGUACUACUAUCAGAGUGUCCUACACUCAACCAAAAGCUGUGGAUGGUGAAAGAAGAGCUCCCCCUGGAGCAGCAGGAGAGGAGCCCCAGUCUGGACCAGGUGGACCCAGAAUCUCCCCAUAUCAAGGAAGAGGAGAACCUGUGGACCAAUCAGGAGGGAGAACAGCUUCAAGGGCCAGAGGAGCCUUAUAUCACUAUGUUCCCAUCCACUCCAUCUCAUGUGAAGAGUGAAUAUGAUGAAGACAAAGCUCAGUCCUCACAGCUUCAUCAAAGUCAAACUGAGGAGAACAGAGAGGAACCAGACGACGGAGAUCACUAUGGAGGAUCAGAGCCAGACAACAUCCAAAAUAAUGACUUCCCAAUAAGUGAUCUGACAUGUCAAACAAUACAACAUCAAUACAUCGAGGAUGAUAAUAUGUGUAAGUUUUGGUCAGUGCCAGAGACACAGAUGCCAGUCCACACAACAAAGAAGCCUUUCAGCUGUUCUGUUUGUAAGAAAGCUUUUGCAUAUAAUAGUGGUAAUAUGUGUGAGAUGCAAAAGCUGAGGGUGUCGGUGGAGCAGAUACUGACUGCGGCUGCUGAGGAGAUAUUUGGAGUAUUUCUAAGAAGCAUCGCAGAGAUUGAAGAGAAACUCAGUGAUUCUCCAAAGCACAAGAAAAGAAACCAGAGACUACUGGACACUGUGCACCAAACAGACAUUCGGAUUUCCCCAGAGCAGCAGGGACGUAGCCCCCAUGUGGACCAGGAGGACCCAGAGCCCCCCCACAUUAAAGAGGAACAGGGGGAAGAGUGGAUCAGUCAGGAGGGAGAGCAGACAAUGAAGCUUCUGCUACUAUCAGAGUGUCCUACACUCAUCCAAAAGCUGUGGAUGGUGAAAGAAGAGCUCCCCCUGGAGAAGCCGGGCAGGACCCCCAGUCUGGACCAGGUGGACCCAGAGCCUCCCCAUACCAAGGAAGAGGAGAACCUGUGGACCAAUCAGGAGGGAGAACAGCUUCAAGGGCUAGAGGAGGCUGAUAUCACUAAGUUCUCAUCCACUCCACCUCGUGUGAAGAGUGAAUAUGAUGAAGGCAAAGCUGAGUCCUCACACCUUCAUCAAAGUCAAAUUGAGGAGAACACAGAGGAACCAGAAGAUGGAGAUGACUAUGGAGGAUCAGAACCAGACCGCAUCCAAAAUAAUGACUUCCCUAUCAGUCAUGUGUAUCUGCCAGUUCAGAGUGACCUGGCAGCUAAAUUCAGCAACUGUCUGGGGUCCAACAAGAUCAGGAAACAUUAG